AUUUAUAAUUUUAUUUAUCCCGAUCGUGGCCGUCGUAGUUUUAUGCAACGAGUUGCAUUCGUUAUUGUUUGUUGUUGUUUUUUUUUACAAAAGUAAUAUUGUUUUUAAGUUUUUUUCCUCUUCAUUUAUUUUACCACUUUUGAAUUUAAAAUUCUGUCAUCACGCUUUCAUUUUAAAAAUACGUUGUUAUUUUUUUCCCUUUAUUUUUGCAGAACACUUCCGUAUCUAUUGACCAUAUGCUAUUUUGUAUGGUUGUUUCCCUAACACUACAAAAGAAACGUUAAAUGCUUAGGUAGUUAGAAUUGUUAGAAUUAUUUUUAUCAUGCACCCAAGGUGUUUCAUGCUGCCAAUAGAUCGUUAACAAGUUGGUUUGAAAACGCAUCCUACCCGUCCACAGUUCAUCGCAUGGACAUCUGUUAAACAAUUUCUCUCCAGUUGACCGAAUUGAAAUAAUGAACAUCGGCAGAAGUAAUCCACAUGGUAACCGUCUAUUAUUUGCUGGCUUCAAUCAAGAUCAAGGAUGUUUUGCUUGUGGUAUGGACAAAGGUUUUAGAGUUUACAACUGUGACCCUCUAAAAGAAAAAGUACGCCAAGACUUCCCAGAUGGAGGCCUUGCCUUUGUAGAAAUGUUAUUUCGGUGUAAUUAUUUAGCUAUGGUUGGUGGAGGUACAUCACCAAAAUAUCCGUCAAACAGAGUUGUUAUCUGGGAUGAUCUGAAAAAAGAUUCUGUGAUUACUUUGGAGUUCAAUACGCAUGUUCUAUGUGUGCGACUAAGAAGAGAUCGAAUAGUUGUUGUGCUUGAAGGUGUCAUCAAAGUAUACACGUUCACGCAGACUCCACAGCAGUUACAUGUGUUUGAAACUCAUGCUAAUCCAAAAGGUUUGUGUAUGCUAUGCCCUAAUAGCAACAAUUCUUUAUUAGCAUUCCCUGGACGAAAAAUGGGACAUGUUCAAUUGAUAGAUCUAGCUGAUACAGAUAAACCUCCUUUGGAUAUUGCUGCACAUGAAACACUUUUAGGAUGUAUAGCUCUUAAUUUACAGGGUACAAGACUGGCCACUGCAUCUGAAAGAGGAACUCUAAUAAGAGUAUUUGAUACAAAGUCUGGAAAUAUGUUGUAUGAAUUUCGAAGAGGGACCAAUACAGCUCAAAUUUAUUGUAUUAACUUCAACGCGGAUUCAACUAUGAUGUGUGUGGCUAGUGAUCAUGGAACCAUUCAUAUAUUUGCAUUAGAAGACCAAAGUUUAAAUAAGCAAUCAAGUUUAGCUUCUAAUUUUUUACCAAAAUACUUUAGUUCUAGUUGGAGUUUUUGCAAAUUUCAAGUGCCUAAUGGACCACAGUGUGUUUGUGCAUUUGGAUCAGAAAACAAUUGCAUCAUAGUAAUUUGUGCUGACGGAAAUUACUACAAGUUUGUGUUCAAUCAAAAGGGUGAAUGCUGGAGAGAUAUUUGUGCUCAAUUUCUAGAAAUAACCAAUGAUAAUAAUAUUAUUAGUUGAUAUAAUUUUUGUUUUCAUCGUGUUAUUACAUUCAACUAUUGUUAGGUUACAUAUUCCAUAUCAUUUUAUUUAAUUUGAUAGUU